UGAAAGCAAUACUCUCAGCGAGUGUACAGUUCUCUUCUCUGUGCUCUCUGCAACCCGCUCUGUGCAAAUUGGGAGUAUCCUUUCUAUUUUCGUGCUCUUCUCACUACAAUGCUAGUUGCUAACACCUCUCUCUCUCUCUCUCUUAGCUAAACCAACUCUCUUAACAUUCGCAUCAUUUUCUCGAGAUCACUUAUGUGCAUGAAAAUCUCACUACUCACGCUAUUACCCAAGAGUUCCAGAACGCCAGAAACCCCAAGUUUCCACAUCUCUCUCUCUAAACAGUAGUAUAUAUUCCCUACCAAACCCAAGAAAUCUCACGGGAAAUGGGUUGCGCACAGUCCAGAAUAGACAAUGAAGAGUCGGUGUUGCGCUGCAAGGACCGCAAGAACCUCAUCAAGGACGCCGUAAUAGCCCGUAACGCCUUCGCGGCAGGCCAUUCCGGCUACGCCAUGGCCUUAAAGAACACUGGGGCCGCGCUCAGCGACUACGGUCACGGGGAAGCCGGAGAUCCCCACCCGCAGCCGGCGGACCCCACUCCCUCACAACCGCCGCCACCGCAUCCGCCGCCCCCGCCGCCCAUGGACAGUCUUCCUCCUCCGCCGCCCCCAAACUUCUCGCCGAGCCCCAGCCCCAGCCCGAUCGAGCGCGCCACGAGCUUGCCAGCAAUGCCGACAAAGCCACGAAAAACCAGGGCCAUUGCCAUUGCUGAAGAAGAAGAAGAUGAGAUAGAAGAUGAAGAAGAGGAAGAUGAUGAGGGUAAUUUGGGAAUGAAUAAGGAUGGAGUUAUUGCAAAGGACUCACGAAAUAAGGGGGAAGAAGUGGGCCCACCACUGACCCGGGAAAUGAAGGCGGUCCCUCUGAUGCCGGAAUUGAAGGGCAUGGCCUGGGACUAUUUUUUCUCGGUGGAGGAAAAUAUGCCCCCGCCGGACCCAACAUUAAACGAAAACGUUGACAAUGAGAAUAUUAAUCAAGGUGUGGCAUUUGGUGAAGAAACGCAAAAUGUCGGCCUCGGUAGCGAUGAUUUGGUGGAGCCGAAGACGCCAGAGACAGGGGAGGAGAGGGAGGAGAAAGAGAAGGAGAAGCAAAUAGAGCGCGCAAAGACCGCACCGGAGGAGUUUAAGAAAAUGGGGAAGGCGGCGCCCGGUGUUAGUUUGAUGAAGAUAUUGACUGACCUUGAUGAUCAUUUCUUGAAGGCCUCCCAGAGUGCUCAAGAGGUCUCCAACAUGCUUGAGGCCACUCGCUUGCAUUACCACUCUAAUUUCGCUGAUAAUCGAGGACAUAUUGAUCAUUCUGCAAGGGUCAUGCGUGUUAUUACAUGGAAUAAAUCAUUCAGAGGUAUAUCCAAUGGUGAGGGUCGGAAGGAUGACUUUGAUUCAGAAGAAUAUGAAACUCAUGCCACUGUUUUGGAUAAGUUGUUAGCGUGGGAAAAGAAACUUUAUGAAGAAGUCAAGCAAGGUGAGCUCAUGAAGCUUGAGUACCAGAGGAAGGUUUCUCUGCUGAACAAGCAGAAGAAACGCAAUGCGGGCGCUGAAUCCUUGGAAAAAACAAAGGCAGCUGUAAGUCAUUUGCAUACAAGAUAUAUAGUCGACAUGCAGUCAAUGGAUUCGACAGUUUUGGAAGUAAAUCAAUUGCGUGAUGAGCAGUUGUACCCAAAACUUGUUGACCUUGUUGCUGGGAUGGCCAAAAUGUGGGGAAGUAUGUGUGCACAUCAUGAGAGCCAGCUGAGACUUGUUACAGACCUCGGAUCCCUUGACAUUGCACAUGCUCCCAAGGAAACAACAAAGCACCACUAUGAUCGUACCGUGCAACUUUCGAAUGUCGUUCAAAAAUGGCAAGCAGAAUUUGAAAAGCUCGUGACUCAUCAAAAAGAAUACAUCCGAGCGCUUAACAAUUGGUUAAAAUUAAAUCUCAUCCCCAUUGAAAGCAGCUUAAAGGAGAAAAUCUCAUCACCACCACGAGUCCAGCAUCCUCCAAUCAAAGCCCUCCUCCAUUCAUGGCAUGACCAUCUUGAAAAGCUUCCAGAUGAGCUUGUGAAAUCUGCAAUUGCCUCCUUUGCUGCUGUGAUAAAAACCAUUAUAGUUAGUCAGGAGGAAGAGAUCAAGCUAAAAGAUAAGUGUGAGGAGAUCAGGAAAGAGUUAAUUCGUAAAAACGAGGCUUUUCAGGACUGGUACCAGAAGUAUAUGCAGCGGAGGGGGUCAGAUCAAAUGGACCAUGAAAGAGGUGAAGAUGCAAAUUCCCAGGAUCCCAUCUCAGAGAAGGAGUUUGCAGUUGAGAGCUUGAAGAAGAGAUUGGAAGAUGAAGUUGAAUCUCACCAAAGACAAUGUAUUCAGGUGAGAGAGAAGUCACUAGGUAGUCUCAAAACUUGUUUACCGGAGCUCUUUCAUGCCAUGUCACUUUAUACGCAUGCUUGUUCUGAUGCUUAUGAGAAAGUAAAGUCCAUAACGCAGUCACAGAAAUUUAACGGCGGCCCUUCGUGAGUUUGUGUAAAAUUUGUUUUGUAUUGAAGUUUGAUCUAUAAGCUUAAACACUAGUAAUCUGUCGCUUCCCAAACAAACUGUUUAUUUGGCAAGCUAAGUUUAUGAUCUUUGUUCCUGUGUGGAAUAAGUUUAUGAUCUUUGUAUUUUUGCGUUUCACUUGGUCACGAGGGCUGAAAUGAUAUGCUUUAUUUAUGGAAAACCUCGAGCAGGGUGGUUCUUUUCCUUCUCUGCUUUGGUGCAUUUUUUUACCAUUA